AUGUUUGAAUUUCUUCUUCAAAAUCCUCCUAAACCUGUUCAGGCUUGGCCUCCAGAGCCACCUCCAAUUUCCAUCAACUUUACUCGCCCUAAUGCGUGGGCAGACAAACACUUUGGCCAAUGGUGUCGUAAUCUGACCCUAGAUAGGCACACACAAUGCCCUUCUGGAUCUCCCUUCCAUUGGUAUAUUUGCUGUGGGGAAACUAUGACAGAUUGCUGCUUUGGAAUACAAACAUGGCUUAUUAUAAUGUCUUUUUCAAUUUUUGCGGUAAAUUAA